AUGAUCACCCAAAAUGCUAUUGCAGACGAUGACGCGUUUACAACUGAAAGUGGUUUUUCCGGUAGUAGACAAUUAUUGGAGUUACGUGAAAAUCGUGAAAAUCUCACAACGAAAGAUACGUAUAUGCAGACAUGUCGUACGUCAGACAAAGUAGGAUCAAAUUGUAAGCUGGCUACAUUGGUUUCGGCACGCAAAGUGAAAAGAAAAGGCGUCUAUGGCAUUGCACCCCAUCAUCCGCCACUUCAGCCACCAAGUGAGCCUUCCAGCCUAUCGGAACCCUAUCAUUUCGAAGAGAUCCACUUUGAUGAAUACAAUAAACAUCACAAUCCCCAUCAUCGCCAGACAUCGCAUCAGUCCCACUAUGAAACCUUUCACUAUGAGCCUGAACAUUAUGGAGGUGAUCAUGUGACAACACCCACUGGAGGUUCAUAUCUUGUAGAUAAUGGUUUGCGUAGCAUAGCCAAAGGUUCUGCAGAUCAAGCCAAUUCGGCAGUGGCCUCUCAAAAUGCUGCUGGCAAACAAGCAGCCUACAUUGCAAAGAGUACCUUAGCCCAGGCAGCAGUACAAGCCGCAGGUACAGCUGUUGCUGUACUUAAAGGCAAAGAAGUUCUACUGCAUCGUCUGGAGGAACAAAGUGCCGAGUCUCACAAAGUUAUGCAAAGUGAGCUAACCCAAUUGCAGCAAGCCAAACGUUCAGCCAAAGCUGCGCAGUAUUCAGCACAACAAGCCCUACAACAUGUCUCUGUUUUAACGGCGGCCCUCAACAAUGCCCAAGCAGCCUCUGAAUUGGCUCAAAAGUCGGCAUCAGAAGCUGCAGCUGAAUUGGCCUCACAAAUCGAUAUGGUCGCACAGGCCAAAGCUAAGCUGGAGCAAGUGGAGUCCCAACUCUAUACAGCACGUUUAGAUUACGAGGAAACCAAGGACGCAGCAGAGAAGGCCACACAAUCCGCUCAAGAAGCUCAACUUAAUGCCAAUGACGCGGGACUACAUGCUAAUGUCGAAUUAAGUGACUCCUCCGCUUCUGUGGUGGUGAGUCACGAGAACAGCGAUAAUCUGAACAGUGCUAGCCAUAAUAUUGCCAAGCGGAGACCUGGCCAUGAGCCAUCACAGCAACAACAAUCGACAGUAGUGCAAAAGAAAUAA